GAGUAGGGAGGGGCAGCAGGAUAGGCUCAGGGAUGAGCUCCACCCGUACUUCCCCAAGUCCCACCUGUCCCAGCCCCAGCCCCGGAGAACCUGACCAGCCUAGUACGUGACCUGAGCAGUCCCCCUUGGUCACCUUUCGCUUUUUUCUGGGGUCAUCUAGCUUCGCCCCCCAGCAUUGCUCUUUCUGCCGGGAUGACGCUGUUCUGCCUCCGGCCCCCGGGCAAUGAGACUCUGCUGAGCUCCUCAGCCUCGCGGGUCACCGGCACUGUGUUCUUGCUGCUGGCCGCUCUGCUGGGGCUGCCCGGCAACAGCUUCGUGGUGUGGAGCCUGGUGGGCUGGAGGCCAGUUCGGGGAAGACCCCUGGCGGCCACCCUGGUGCUGCAUCUGGCCCUGGCCGACGGCGCGGUCCUGCUGCUCACCCCAUUCUUCGUGGCUUUUCUGGCUGGCCGGGCUUGGCCUCUGGGCCCCGUGGGCUGCAAAGCCGUGUACUACGUGUGCGGGGUCAGUAUGUACGCCAGUGUCAUGCUCACCGCCCUGCUCAGCCUGCAGCGCUGCCUGGCCGUCACCCGUCCUUUCCUGGCUCCUACCCUGCGCAGCCCGGCGCUAGCCCGACGCCUGCUGCUUGGAGUCUGGUUAGCUGCCCUGCUCCUGGCGCUUCCCGCAGCCACCUAUCGACAUCUGUGGGGAGGACAAGUGUGCCAGCUGUGCCACUCCUCACCUGCUGAGGCCGCAGCCCACCUGGUCCUGGAAACCUUGACUGCUUUCGUUCUACCCUUCGGGUUGGUACUGGGCUGCUAUGGAGUGACUCUGGCCCGGUUGCGGAGCGGGCGCUGGGGUGCCCGGAGGCAGGGCGUGAGAGCAGGCCGUCUAGUGAGCGCCAUCGUGCUGGCUUUCGGCUUACUCUGGGCUCCCUACCACGCUGUCAACUUGCUGCAAGCAGCGGCCGCCUUGGCACCUGCCAGUGGGUCCCUAGCGCGGCUCGGAGGGGCAGGCCAGGCGGCUAGGGCCGGGGCCACAGCUUUGGCUUUCUUCAGCUCCAGCGUCAACCCCAUUCUCUACGUCUUUGCUGCCGGGGACCUUUUGCCCCGAGCUGGACCCCGCUUCCUCACUCGAAUCUUCGAGGGCUCCGGGGAGACACGAGGAGGAGGUCGUUCCCAUGAGGGGACCAUGGAACUACGAGCUACUAGGCGCCUGGGAGGGGCAGGGCAGGGACGAGGGAAUGGGGACCCGGGCGGCGGGGUUCAGGAGGGCAGCUCAGAUUGUAAAAGUUGAAGUCCUAUGCCUCCUUUCCCAUUAUUUCUCCAGCCCUCUUCUCCUACCAGCUCCCUAUACGGGUUUGAACAUUUCUCCCCUAGAAUCCAGGGUACUACCCCUCUUCUCCCGCCUGAACUUCUUACUGGCCUAGAGACUUGUGAUGAGAAGGUUACUGUGCAAUACCAAAGGUGGGAUCUACCCCAGGCCCAUUGAAUUCAGGGAGCAGGAUUUGUUGUGUGUGGCUUACUUUUAUACAUGUGCUCAGCUAUGUUGACCAACAGUGCCAGAGAUGUAGAUUGUAAAUACAAUAGAUAGCCAUUUAUAUA